GUGUACAUCGUUGGUUUAUACAAACGGGCACUUGAUGACGUGGAGAAACUUCCGGUUGCGUUUGAUGCAGUUUCCCAUACGCCUAGGUAGCGUCUGCAAGGCGCUCGUUGGCAGCGUUCUAGGCUCCAAGGCGUGAGCGCUCUUCCCGCCUGCCCAUGGCGUCCGCUUCCGGGCAGUCCGCAGCUCUGAGCGCGGAGCAGGCUAAGGUGGUCCUAGCAGAGGUGAUCCAGGCGUUCUCCACCCCUGAGAACGCCGUCCGCAUGGACGAGGCUCGAGACAAUGCAUGCAACGACAUGGGCAAGAUGCUGCAGUUCGUACUGCCCGUGGCCACACAGAUCCAGCAGGAGGUUAUCAAAGCCUAUGGCUUUAGCUGCGACGGUGAAGGUGUCCUUAAGUUUGCCCGCUUGGUCAAGUCCUAUGAAGCCCAGGAUCCUGAGAUCGCCAGCCUGUCCGGCAAGCUGAAGGCACUGUUUCUGCCGCCCAUGACAUUGCCACCCCAUGGGCCUCCUUCUGGAGGCAGUGUGGCUGCCUCCUGAGAAUCGGUCUCUCCACUGCCAGGGAAACGAAGGCUUAGGUGUUUCCAAGGACAAUAAACACGUGCCUGUCA